UGAUGUGGUGAGCACAGGUGAUGUCGGCAGUUUACGCCUUCUGUUUGCCGCGAGUCAGCCUGGAGUGCGCCUCGCCGCAAUGAACUCGAAGUGAAGUCUUGGAGAGAAGAGAGGUGGCAGAGUGCUGUAUAUAAACAUCCAGCUCGCUCCAUCACUCAACGAACCCGACACAGAGCAGGCGAUUCUUCAGACCCUGUACAUAACAACACUCAACAACUCUACUCACUGUCUCCCUAAUCAAAUCAACCAGCCACCAUGCGCUUCUCCACCAUCACCGAGGCCACCACGGCCGCCCUCGUCAUGUACCUCCCCCUAGCCUCGGCCACCGUCUACUACGCGACGCGCAAGUCGCGCGAGGGGGCGCUGUCGCAGGUUGCCUGGUCCAACGGCACGCCCGAUGUGUGCAGCCAGUUCACGCAGAUCCGCACGGGCGACGGCAACCCGUGCGGCAUCGACUUCAACGUGCAGGAGAGCGGGUGGAGCAACGGCCCGUUCACGCUGCAGGGCUGCGGCGGUAACGGUCUGUCCCUCGAGCGCUCGCACGCCUUCAACUCCAACUGCAAGUGGUCCAAGGACAAGAUCACCUGCUCGGGCGGCGCGGUUAUUGGUACUGGUGGUAUCUGGGCGUGUUUUUGAGCUGCGUUUGUGAGUGUUGUUGAUAGGAUUAGGGCCUUGAGGGUGC